ACCCUCUGUGGCUGUUUCUACUCAGCUGUCACCUCUGUCUUGCACGCUUGCAAGCCAGCAAUGUGACCCUUUAAAGUUAUUUCCCCGUGUGUUGUAACAGUGUUUGGUGGUCGCUGCAGCUGCCUGGAUCACUUUCUCAUGCUAAUGUGAGGAGGAGCUGCUGCUGCUGCGUCCAUCUAUGGCGUCCGUGUACAGCGGAUCUCAUACCUUAAGCAAGGAUGAUGUGAAUUACAGAAUGCAUUUCCGAAUGAUAAACGAGCAGCAGGUUGAAGAUAUCACCAUCGACUUUUUCUACAGGCCGCACACGAUAACGCUGCUGACAUGCACGGUGCUCAGUUUGAUGUAUUUCGCCUUCACAAGAGAUGAUGGGAAUCCCGACAGUAAUCUCUGGGUGGGGCUCAUCCUGGUCAUCUCCUUCUUCCUUGUCAUCAGUGUUUUGGCAUUUCCAAAUGGUCCAUUCACCAGACCACAUCCAGCAAUAUGGCGAAUUGUUUUCGGUCUGAGCGUCCUCUACUUCCUCUUCCUGGUUCUCGUUAUCUUCCUCAACUGGCAGCAGGUGAAACAGCUGAUGUAUUGGUUGGAUCCAAACCUGCGUUAUGCCAAGAGAGAGGCAGAUGUAAUGGAAUAUGCUGUGAACUGCCAUGUCAUCACCUGGGAGAGAAUCCUCAGCCAUUUUGACAUUUUUGCAUUCAGCCAUUUCUGGGGCUGGGGCAUGAAGGCCCUGCUCAUUCGAAGCUAUGGCCUCUGCUGGACCAUCAGUAUUACAUGGGAGCUUACUGAGCUAUUCUUCAUGCAUCUGCUGCCUAACUUUGCUGAGUGCUGGUGGGAUCAGGUGAUUCUGGACAUUCUGCUUUGCAACGGAGGAGGCAUCUGGCUCGGCAUGACUGUCUGCCGCUUUUUGGAGAUGAGGACCUACCACUGGGCCAGUAUUAAGGACAUCCACACCACCACAGGGAAGAUCAAACGAGCCGUGUUACAGUUCACCCCUGCGAGCUGGACUUACGUACGCUGGCUGGACCCAAAGUCCUCCCUGCAGCGAGUGAUGGGUGUCUAUCUGUUCAUGAUCAUUUGGCAGCUAACAGAGCUGAACACAUUUUUCCUCAAGCACAUUUUUGUCUUCCCUGCGAGCCAUGCACUUAGCUGGUGUCGGAUCCUGUUUGUUGGUAUCAUCACAGCUCCAACAGUGAGGCAGUAUUAUGCGUACCUAACAGACACACAGUGCAAGAGAGUUGGGACACAGUGCUGGGUGUUUGGGGCAAUAGCCUUUCUGGAGGCCCUGGCGUGCAUUAAGUUUGGACAAGACUUGUUCUCCAAAACCCAGAUCCUCUAUGUGAUCCUCUGGCUGCUGUGUUUGGCCUUCAUUACAUUCCUGUGCCUGUAUGGAAUGGUGUGGUUUGCUGAAAAUUAUGGCCCAAGAGGAAAGAGCCUCUCAGAAUGUGAAGACAGUAAUUACUCAGACUAUGCGGACCAUAUGUCAGAGGACUUUAAAGGAGAGACAGAGGUGGAUGACGACAGCCCUACGACCAGAUUUAGAGGGAACAGCUCAGAAAAGAGCGGUUCCAUCAACGGCCUGGACAGCCAGUAGGAGUCAGAGCUCGUAGCUGGAUGUUUUCUCCUGAACUCACUCCAAUCAACCCGGUGUGAAGGAUCACUUUUUUUUUUUUUUAAAGGGUCAAAGAUUCAACCUCUUCCUUGUGUAAAUGAAGCCUAGAAAGCCCCCACAUACAGUAGGAGGAGAGGAUACAGAAGGGGUGCAAGGUCCAUGCAGUGUAAUUAGGAGCUCACAGAGGUUUGAACUACAGAGGUGCACACUUAACUGUGUGCUGUAGUCGUAGAAUACUCCUAAAACCACUUAUCCCAGGGGUCUGUGUGUGUGUGUGAAGAGAGAGUGCUUUUGUGUGAGUGUGUGAAAGAAAAAGGUGGCAACCAAACCUGCAGAUUCUAGAUGUGACUGCAUGAUCAUUCUAUCUGAUGACGUAUAAUUUACAAACAUUUAUCCUACGAUACAAUAUAUCAUUGAUGGUUAAUGUACAUUCGACUGGUUUACACCAGCCGUAACUCCAGUAUGUUGUUUCAACACAUUUCAAUGUUUAAAAGCCAUUAUGUAGAAUUUAUCACAUUUAAAAUGAAGCUUCUGUUUAUUGCACAGAAAGGCUUUUAUAUUAGCAUCUGUCAUUGAUUGUUUAUGAACAUCAUGGAUGUUCACAAUUGUUUCGUGAGCUUGAAUGUGGGCCGGAUUUCAAUGCAAGAAAGCUUUAGCUGGGUAGGAUCAUCGACUGAAGUUUUUGUUUGUACUCAAACAAAGCAAAGCACACAGUUUAAGCACUUUUCAGAAUGUUUUAUUGCAAAUACUGUACAUGUUUUGAGUAUUCUGUGAAUCAUUGUGACCUUGACUGAUUUUACUCUCCUGUCCAUCUGUGGCUGCUAUUAUUUUUUUUUUUGUAUUGAACUGAUAACUGAGGGCAUCUAUUCAAAUUCCUGCAUGUGUUGUCAGGAACCUGUCUGUGGGCAGGUGGCUUUUUUUUUUUUUUUUUUUUUUUACCAUCAACCUGCUUGUUAUUGCAUAUGUUGCAUUUGCAUGGCUGUGUCAAAUCCAAUCAAGUGUUUUAGUAGGAAAAUGUUAAACAAGUAUAUAAUUACACCACACACCAGGAUGCCAGUAUUGUCAUUUUUUAUGUCUCUCACUGUCAUUGUAACAUCUUAAUUAACCCCUUGUGCCUGUUUGCAUGGUCUUUUUUUAUUCCAAACUUCUCUGUUGUUUCUUUUUUUUUUUUUUUACUAAAGUUUGGGCUUUAGAUGUUUGCUUCUUUUGUGCUUUGAGUGCUGUAUUGAAGAUUUAUUUGCAUUGCUCUGUCAGCAUCCUCUCAGUACAGAUAUAUCCCCUGUAAUCCUCGACAAUCCAGACACCGACCUCUGUGGAAUGGACCGGGCUCCAGCGCUACAGUAGACACUAUAAAUGGUACAUUGUCUCUGGAUGUAGAUUUUAUUUGCCAAAAGCAUUUCUCUUGAAAAUGACUUGUGCUGUUCUUUUUUCACUGUGAAAUAAUGAAACAUAUUAAAAUGUUUUACAUUUCCUCUUAAA